UCUCUAUCGAAACUUGAAUCGAACCGCGUUUUAAAGUUUUUCCUGUCAAUACGAUAUCAAAAAUUUGAAAGAUCAUAACAAGGGCUCACACUAGGAGAAGGCCUAUCAGCAGAGGAAGGAAGCAUUUUGAUAGAUAAAUCAACACCUAUCUUCAUAAUACCAACAGGUACACCCUUUUGUGUGCAUGGCGCCUUUUAACGUGUACCCCGUGUUACUUGAUAUCAAAGCAGAUGUGUAUCCGCUCUAUGGGACUAUUGAUGUAGCAGGCGCACAUUUCAAGCGAAAUUUUUAUCUUUAGUUGGUAUAUUAUGAUUUUAAUGAUAUGUAUGGCUUGCCAACAUUCAAAACGUGGAACAUGGUGUAUCUUUUGACAGAUGGCAAGUUUGGUAUCAAAAAUGCGUGUUCUGGCUCAUUUAGAUUGAGUUAUACCAAUAUUCUGCGAUAUUGCACGUUUUCUAGGUAUAGGAGCACAUAUUUAUUUCUAUACGGGCUCAAUCCUUGUAUAUGACACUUUUUCGCAAUGUUCAUAACCAACUCGUGCUAUCCGUGCGAAGGUCGUAACUCAAGAACAAGUAAAUUUAUUAUUUAUCCAUGUGAAAGGUUCUCUGGUGGCAGAAAAAUGGAAAGACCCUUUGUUUACAAGCGAUCAUAAUUUUGGAUGCUCGCUUGAAACCAAUACCGGCCACUCUUGUACCCCAGUUCAUGAAAAAAAUUUUUGUGAGAGAAAGCAGCAGGUUUCUCAGCCAAUUGCAGUUGUACUUGGAUGAUAAGGUACCAUUAGAAUCGCUCGUCAAGCUCGAAACCAAUCUCUCGCUCAUUUACAACAGUGUGCGCCCUGAAGAUUUGAGGAACAAAAUAUUUCAGUACCAUAAAAGUGUUUACGAAACAAUACUGCAGGCAGACCUUGAUCAAGAGCACAGAAGCAUCGAUAUUGAUGAGAAUGAGCUGAUACAUUAUGCAGCGUACAUCGGAUUAUCACAAAAUGUGCAUUUCAACCAGCGAGGUGGUUUGCCACCAUUUCCUGUCAAGGAGAUGCUGCAUUAUGAUAAGGAAAACGUCGAAGAGAAAAUAGAAGAGGAAGAAGUGUUCGAAUUUUAGUAUGUAAUCGAUCGGUGUGAGUGGUCAACACCCUCUGGUAAUUAUUAAAAUACUGGCAUCAGAGCUAGGUGGAGUGAUAAAACCUGUUGGAAUCGCUGCCUCAAUAAAGUAUCCUUCUUAGGUAGCGAAAUUGUUUUAUCCACUCAAACAUAGAAAAUACUUUAGGCUGCUCUCGGAUUGUAACUUUCUUCAAACGAUGCAAGGGUCGUUUUUACUGAUUUUUAAAGUGUACUAUACCAUGUAGAGCGACAUUUUUGUUGCGUUUUUUCACGUGAACUCGUUUACUUAUCUUUUGCUGCAUCCAAACCAAAAAAUUAUUGUCCAGGAUGUGCUAACAAAGCACUUGAUGUGUGUAUUUUGAACAUCAACACAUCUAUGCACAUCAGAAAUAGAGUACGACACAGGAAAUAAACCAUCUCAAAAAUGCAAUUAAAUAAAAUCGUGUAAAACCAACA